GUUGUCGGUGUCCUGGAGGAAUAUCCGGUUUGUUGCAUGUCGAGCAGGUAUCACUCCGCCAAAGCAUUUUUAAGAUGAAAUCUGCAGUGUACAGAAACAGACAUUUUGUUGUUAUUGCUCUGAGUAUGGUCAUGGUUCGUGUUUCUUACUGUAAGCUCAUAGAGUCAAACAUACCUGCCAUUGCUUUUUACUUUGGGACCAAAGGUCGGUAUGAGGAAGUGAACCCACAUUUAAAAGACGACAUUUUAUUUGUGAAUAAAUCUGUGGUAAACCCUCCGGCGGCUGACUGUCAGGCAGUGCACUUAUGGGCUGUGAUCAGACACGGCACACGCUUCCCUACAACCAAAAACAUUAAAAAGAUCCACCGCCUGUAUGAUGUAGUGAUGACCGAGGCGGCCAGCACUGACCAGUGGCUCAGUGACAUUAAAAAUAAAUGGGCCAUGUGGUACACUGAGGAUAUGGACGGGAAACUAGUAGAGAAAGGGAAAGAUGACCUGAGGCAUUUGGCUGUAAGGUUGAGCAAAUCGUUUCCGACACUGAUUUCAGAGGAAAACUUCCGCAGAGAGCGCAUGGAGUUUGUUACCAGCUCCAAACACAGAUGUGUGGACAGCAUCCAGGCUUUCCAGGAGGGACUCUUCAAACUCUGGGAUGUGGGAGACGUGGGUUUCAGACACUACGUGAAUGAUUCACUCCUGCGCUUCUUCGAUCAGUGCAAAAGAUUUGUUGAAGAUGUCGAGCACAACAAGACUGCCCUGAAGGAGGUCAAACUUUUCAAGUCAUCUCUGGAGAUGGAUGAAGUCUGCAGGCGGAUGGCCAGUCGCUUACAGAUUCCACACAGUCGAAUAACACCAGAUUUGGUUGAAGCUGCUUUCCUCUUGUGCUCCUAUGAGUUUGCAAUCAAAUCUAAGAAUUCUCCAUGGUGUAAAUUGUUGGAUGAGUUGGAUGCUCAGGUCCUCGAAUACAAAAAUGAUCUGAAACAGUACUGGAAAAGGGGAUAUGGGCACGACAUCAACAGCAAAUCAAGUUGUGUCCUCUUUCAUGACCUUUUCAGGAGGUUCGACCAGGCAUCAUAUGACUACAGGUCUGGAGAAGUGACUAAGGCAGUCACUAUCCAGGUGGGCCAUGGUGAGACUCUGCUGCCUCUGCUGUCUCUGAUGGGUUUCUUCAGGGAUGAAACGCCACUAACGGCGAAGAACUUCCCUCUGCAGCACAGCCGCAAGUUCCGCAGCAGUCAGAUAGUGCCUUAUGCCGCAAACCUGCUCUUUGUCCUGUAUGAGUGUACAGACGGACUCAGGCUCCAGUUAUUCCUCAAUGAGAAACCAAUGGCUUUUCCUAACAUAAGCGACCCAGCUCCACUGUAUGACACAGUCAGGAAACACUACUCUGACCUUCUGCAUGGCUGUGAUUUUAAGAAAGAAUGUGAAAUGCUUAAAGGUAAAAUUAGGAACACUGAGCUGUGACAUGGGUAAGCAAAGAGGUGGAGGUGAGGGUGAGAGUAAAAGAAUAAUGUGCCAGUACUGGACUGAGCAAUCUUGCUGGUUAAAUGAUGUGUGAGAUGGCGAACCAAAUGUGAGAUUUUUAUUGGUGACCAAAUAUGUGGUUUAUUUAUGGUUUAAGUUGUUGGUUUUUUUUAAAUUAUUAUUAUUUACCUGGAAGAUUUCUUCACAGAAGCCAAAUUUGAUUAAGAACUUACUGUAAGGUACCAAAUACAUUUCUGAGAUUAAGACCUUUUUCAAGUUUAAAAAAAAAGGCAUUUUAUUUUUAAAAUAAAGAAUAGUCUGAUGUGGCCUGUUAAUGCAUGCAGUGAUGAUAACUGUGUCAGCAUCCUGGUAUUAAUGAGGGUUAGAUAUUUGACAAACACUAUCCAAAGGAGGAAAAAAAAACUAGUAUGUUUUGUGGUUUAGUGUUAAACGAAGAACCUGGAUGAUAAAUACAUACUCCAGAUUGUUCAAAUAUAUGAAUAAAUUCAAAUUUCUUAA